ACGAACGUUAUGAAAUUGCAGUUUCAUUCAGUAAUAGGAUUAUUGCAGAUACCUCGGUGUAUUUUCACCAACAAUCUGAAAAGGAGUAUAUCUACAAAACAUUUCUCUAAACACGGAUGUAUGUUCCGAACAGAAGCAAAGAGCAGUAAAGUAGACUAUGGACAGAAACCUAGAUCUGCAGUCUUUGAGCAGUGUAAAGUUAGUCUCCCAUUCAUAGCCACUCGUGGCCUGCAUUUGAGUCAUAAGGAUCAUGACAUUGUGGAUUUGCUGGAACAAGGAUGUGAGCCUUUGCCAUCAGAUUUAGGCCUAUGCACAUACACACCUAAAGGGGCUUACUUAUACCUUCUAGAAACACUACAUGAAUCUCUAACAAUUGACUGGCAGUUAUCUAUAUUACUGAGUUCUAUUCUUAUAAGAUUAGCAAUAAUACCGCUGACAAUGAAAAGGCAAAAGGAGAUAGAGAGAAGAAAUAAAUUUACUGCUGGAAUCUGCGUAAACAGUAUCCUUUGUAAAGAACAGAAAAAAAAGGCUGAAAAGGAAGAAGACAAGGAUUAUCAAGAUUUACAGAAGUUACAGAACAGUAUUUUAAACAACUUAAUCUUCCAUCGCAGUUUUGUGUAUUCCAAAUUACGGGAAUAUCUUCCACAGAUAGUGGCAACUUUGAUUUUUGCAGACAGCAUUCUUAAUUUAGAGGCCCUAGUGGGUAGAACCUACAUAUGUCCACCAGAUGGUGCUAACUACCAGUCUUUAAUACUUUUGAUGUUCAUCCUGACUAUGUCUCCUAUGGUAAUGCGCUGUUUACAGCCAGGAAAUGAGAAGUCAAUAGUUUUCGUUAGUUUUACUGGCCUCUUGUGGCUUGCCAUUAUAGAUUCCAUGUCUAUGAAACUUAGGUUAUUCUUGCUGCCAAUGCUCUCAGUGUCAGCUGUGCUCAAGAUACUUAAGAAAUAUAUAUCCUGAGGUAUAUUCAAUCCUGAUGUUAGGACAAUGACAGAAAGAUUUGAAAUUUUCAAAGUCGUUCAAAGCAUCAGUGGCAGGUGGCAUCCAUUACCAGUGUAGGAGAAACAUGGAGAAGAAAUAUUCAUCACCAGAGCAAAGAGACAAAGGCAUUAGUAAAGUUAACAGAUAUGGCGAUUUUUACGGAAAACAAAAUUUAAAAGUACUCAACGUUACAAAAAAUAAAUUCCAAGGUUUUAAAACCAUAUGCUAAUUGUAUAUUUAUCAUAUUUUAUGUGCAUUAUCUUUACAACUGUUACAUCAAAUUGUGAAAACUAUAUUUUUUCUCUUUUUGCUUACUACUCAGGUGACCUUAAGGUCCUUGGGCUUAUUGUUACUUUGUAUCAUUUUAAAAGAUCAUUUGUUGAAAUAGAUGAAAUAAAACAUUUGAACAGC